CAAUCACACACAACACCAGCCUCUGCCCUUUCCACCUUUACUUCUUUAUUUCCUCAUCCAAAUUACUUCCAUUUUUCAGCUUCAUACUUAAUUUAGAGUAACAUUUUAUUCAAUUCACACAUAUAUAUAGAUAAUGGGAAGUAGGCUUGGGAGAUGGUUGGCGUUGUCCGUGGUCGCAGCCGUGGCCCUGGCCACGGUAACAGCCGAGCCCCAAGUUCCGUGUUACUUCAUAUUUGGUGACUCAUUGGUUGAUAACGGAAACAACAACAACAUUCAGUCCUUGGCCAGGGCUAACUACUUGCCUUACGGCAUUGAUUUCCCCGAUGGCCCAACCGGCCGCUUCUCCAACGGUAAAACUACAGUAGAUGUCAUUGCUGAGCUGCUAGGGUUUGAUGACUACAUUCCACCUUACGCUCAGGCUCGAGGCCGAGAGAUACUGAGGGGAGUGAACUACGCAUCUGCAGCUGCCGGAAUCCGAGAAGAAACCGGCCAGCAACUAGGCGCUCGAAUUGACUUCACCGGCCAAGUAAACAAUUACAAGAACACAGUGUCGCAAAUAGUGGACAUAAUCGGUGACGAGGACUCCGCCGCGAACUACCUGAGCAGGUGCAUCUACUCAAUCGGAGUAGGCAGCAAUGAUUACCUCAACAACUACUUCAUGCCUCAGUAUUACACCACCAGCCGCCAGUACUCAACGGAGCAGUACGCCGAUGUACUUAUCCGACAAUAUACAGACCAAUUAAGGGUUUUGUACAAUUAUGGAGCAAGGAAGUUCGUCCUGCUGGGAGUAGGGCAGAUCGGGUGCAGCCCGAACGCGCUGGCUCAGAACAGCCCGGAUGGGCGGACAUGCGUGGCGAGGAUCAACAACGCAAACCAGAUAUUCAACAGCAGGCUGAGAGGGAUAGUUGAUGAAUUCAACGGCAACACCCCAGAUGCGAGGUUCAUAUACAUCGAUGCCUACGGCGUUUUCCAAGAUCUGAUCAACAACCCGUCGGCUUUCGGGUUUAGAGUGACGAAUGCUGGUUGCUGCGGCGUGGGGAGGAACAACGGGCAGAUAACAUGCCUGCCAAUGCAGCCUUCGUGCCAGAACAGAGACGAGUACUUGUUUUGGGACGCGUUUCAUCCCACGGAAGCUGCGAAUACGGUUGUCGGAAGGAGAGCCUAUAGGGCUGAGAAGGCUUCCGAUGCUCAUCCCUUUGAUAUUAGCCGCUUGGCUCAACUCUGAUUCCGCUCAAGUCUCAACAAAUAUAUAUAUAUAAUUGUCUGCAUUUAUUGAGUUCAUAUGUGAUAUUGGUAAUUUGUGCUUCAAUAUAAUGUAAUAUUUUUAUAGUUUUGUGUUAUGAUAUAUAUAUAUGGAGGAAGCUCCAUUUUAGUUGUU